AACGCUGCUGGAUUUUACGUAAUUCCUUUGAAAUAUCUUGUAAUCGUCACGGUUGUUAAGAAAACUGUUUAUCGUAUCUAAGCAUUCUAUUUUGGACAUGUAAACCUUAACUUGUAUAAAAGGGGGAGCUGAAGAUGCAGAGACAGAUGUGAGCGGGGAGCUCUGAGGCCGGUCAGAAGGGUAUUUUCUGAGAACGUUGGCUUGAGUCCCUUUACCUUAUUUACAUUAGUAUUUAAUAUUAUACUUUCACAUUGAUAACUUCAGUAUUUUAUCUUCUCUAUAUUUUGUGUUACAUUCCUGAAACUACUGGGCGUGGUUGGGUGUGACAUAACUGGUGACAGGAGUGGGAUCCAGAAUUUCUAGUUUAGAUGUCACAGCGCAGGAAUUCCAUAGACGCUGGUUACGCAGCAUCUGAAGAAACACGGGAAAUCAACGAACCGUUCGGGAGAAGACCAGUAACAAGAAGUCAGGCAGCAAGUGAGGCUCAAGUCAGACGUCGCAGUGAUAUAACAGUGAUGCUUUCCUCUCCAAGCAGACAGGAAGCUCAGCAAGGGAGUCCAAGAUCACCUGAAACAUCACAGUAUUCUGAGGGAACGAGGAGAAACACUAAGCGAUCGAUUGUGGACAUCCAAUACUUUGCGGGACGUCGAAGUGAUGAUGUAAAUGAUUGGUUGGAGCACUGGGAACUUGCGGCCAGAGUAAACGAUUGGGAUGCAGAAGAUGAGCUGCGGAGACUUCCACUCUACUUAAAGGACAAUGCUCGAAGGUGGUUCGCAAGACAGAGUGAAGAGUUAAAAGGAAACUUAGAUCAGUUAAAAAACAGGUUAGAAGACUAUUUCAACAAUGAAGACAUGCGCCUGUUAGCAAGAGGAGCUUUGGCGGAAAGAAAGCAGAGGCCACGAGAAAGCGUGAAUGAAUAUGCUGAGGCUGUCGAAACAUUGGCCAGGAAAGGUUUCCCAGCAGACCGAUUCAACGAAGCGGCAUGUGAAGCCUUCAUCAAUGGCCUAAAGCCUGAAAUAAAGCAGUGGUUAUGGGGAAGAAGAUUGAAGGAGUUUGAGGACGCUGUCCUCGAAGCACAAACGCGGGAGAUGUUUUUGGAUUCAGAGUCUAUGCCAAGGAAAACAAGAAUUCUGGCAGCCUUAGAAGAAAUGCUUCACGAAGACUCCGAGGGUGAAGACUACAGAAUUUCAGCUCACAAGCAAAGAAAACAAACAAUGGCUCCGGUGGAAAAACAACAAACUCAGGGCAAUGAUUUGAAUUCUAUAUGGAAGGCUAUUGGUCAACUUACGGAAGAUGUUAGAAGAUUGGCUGCUACAAAUUCAACUUCCGUCGCAGCACAGUAUGCAACAAAGCCAAGAAUUGCCAAAUGUUGGAUAUGUGGGAAGCCGGGCCAUGUGAAAAGAAGUUGUCCUGAAGCGAAAAGGCAGAACAGGGAGAAUGGGGGAGACUGACUAGCCGUUGGAUCAGCUGGUGAGAAAAAGAGGGAACUCUCAUCAGAUCAAACCUUGCCCUCCUGUAACUACAAACAAAUACAAUUAUUUGCAUUGGACAAUGAUGACAUACAUGAGCAACGUUUGGUGAGAGAAGGUGCAUGGGUAUCUGGAAAAAUAAAUGGUUUUCCUGUGGACUUCAUGCUGGAUACUGGAGCAGCGGUGACGGUGGUGAGCAAAGAAGUUUUUGACCAGGCUUUUCCCAAGGCCAAUCUACAAGAAUCAAAUGUACAACUCGUUUCAGCUAGUGGUGACCCUUUGAAAGUGAUUGGAAAGAC